CGUCUUUAUCUGUGUGAACCCAAAUGUGAUUCUUUAAAAUAUUUCUUUGUGCAAACAAUUUUGAGAAACGUGUUUUGCAAAAUAAGUUAAUUUUCUUUAUAUUUAUGAUUUGGUCAUGACUAAAGGCUCAAGAAGUUUUUAGAUCUUAAUACUGCCCACUUUUUGGUAGGAUUUAUAUGAAUAUCUACGUCAAGUCGUUACCAAAAAACGUUUAAAAAUGGUUGUAGCUUCGACAAAUUUUUCUGCACCGGUUGAAGGUGUCCUUUUACAAAAUUCCUCUACGAAGCUGCUGAUAAAUAACCUGGAAAUUGGCACAGCAACUUUAUAUAUAACUGAAAACAAUGUUGUAUGGGGGGGGGGCGCUGCAGCUUCAGGUGGGCCAUCGCCACCUGUGUCUAUUCUUUAUCCAAAUAUUUCUCUCCAUGCAGUACAACGGGAACCAAGCCCAGCUCUGUAUCUUGUCCUUAACUAUGAAUUGAGAUUACCCAAUGUACCCACUGGAACAGGUGAUAGCAAUGAGGCUCAAAAUGACAAUGAAGAUGAAGAAUUUGAUGCUGAUGAUCAACCCAUCACACAGAUAAGGUUUAUACCAGAAAACGAAAAUGACCUGCAACUUAUGUUUUCUGCUAUGUGUCAGGGUCAAGCUUUACACCCUGAUCCCCAGGAUGAGUCAGAAGAUGACCCUUAUAUGAAUUUGGAUGAUGAUGAUGAAGAGUUUGAAGAUGCACAGGAAAAUGACUCUUCAGAUGAAGCAGCUGGGAGAAUGCAGCAACUCAGAAUUGAAAAUUUAAAUGGGAGCACACAUUAUGAAGAUUGUGAAGAUGUUGAAAAUGAAUAGUUUAAUUUAAUUUUAUAUGGUGCACACACAAUUGACUGAAAAUAUUUGUGUAGUUCAGGAAGAUAAGUUUUUUAUAAAUAUUUAUAACAUACAAGUAAUAUUCUCUAUGUAUUGGCUAUAUCUACUAAUAUCAAGGUUCUAUUGCUCAAUAUUGAACUAAUUAAAUCUUAAUUUUUAUUUUGUGCAGUGGUGCAAAAUGCAGUGUUCUCUUAAAACCAGAUGAUUUUUAACAAAUGAAGUCUUGUAAUGAUUUCAUAUGGAUGCUAUAGAAGCUAACUAUACAAUAUAAUUCUAAAAUAUUUGCCUUUAAUACCCGUAGAUUUGCUAAAUAGAUACUUUAUAAGAAAUCAUUUAGAGGCAAAUUAUAUCGUAAAAUUCGAAUAUAAAUAAUCUCUUUGUUUGUCAAUACUAUAAACUAAGUUUGGUUAUAUACCACAGUUAAGUUUAAAAGACUUUUGUUUCUACAAAAAAAAAUGUAUCCAUGUCAGCAUGUUUGAAAGCUAAGCUGAUCCACUAUAGAUCAAAUGGUACUUUCUAAAUCUCAUUAGUAUACCAUGGUUGAUGGUGACAUCUAUUUUUUGUUUUCUCAAUGUUAUGAAGAAAUACUUUGAUUUCACUAGUUUUACAACCACACUCUAAUGUAGUAUUUGUAUUCCAAAAGCUAGAUGUAAUAUUUCAUAAUAAAUUGUAUUAUUAAAAAAGUUGUUUACA